CGCAAACAUACCAUUAUCAACACAAACAGUACAUUUUGAAAUACAAAUUUUGAAAUGUGAUUUUUUUUUUGUAAUUUAAGAGUGAAAACAUGGACAUAAGUACAUUUUAGUUUGAAAUACUGUUGAUCAAGUAACAUCUUUUUAUUAUGUAUAAUUUAAGGAGUGCAUACAAAUUUUUAGUGUGGAUUAUAUUAAUCCUUUAUUUCAUCGACACUGCAUUGGCACGUGGAUUUCGAUCCGGAUUUCGUAGUUAUCGUGGAUAUAUCAGUUACAGAAGUUACAGCUAUACCUAUUACUACAACUAUUACUCUUAUUACUCGUCGUCUCUAUCAACUGGUGCAAUCGUAGGCGUUGUAUUUGGUGCCCUUAUAGGAGGUGCUGUGUUUUUAACAGGAUGCAUAAUGUGUUGUGCGUUUUGCUGCUGUAGUGGUAAUAAGACUUCUGGAGGACAAGUAGUCAGAACAAACCAAGCAACAAUCGCCACUAUUUCAACAAACCAGAUGAGUUCAAAUGCCACAUUUGACGAACCCGGUGUACAGUUUACUCCUUCCCAGUAUUCUAGUCCGAAUCAAUAUAACACUGAGUAUUCAGCGCCUCCUCCAGCUUACAACGAAGUUGUCUCUACUGGGAAUGUGAAUUUAGGAUUUAAAAAGGAUACUUAAUUUUGAGGAAUUCUUAAGCUUUAUAGUGUUUCUUUUUAUAUGAAGCAUUAUUUGAGUGUUAGAUAAAUUAGUUCGAAACAUAGAUUCAAAACUCACCUACAUAUAUAUGAUUACUGAGAAUUAGUCUUAUCAAGAAUUUUGGGAAAUAUCUAAUGAAUUUUACAAAACCUUUGUUGACUUACUGUUUUUGAAAUAUGACUGAUGUUCCCAUUCAUUUUACAUAAAUGCCUAAAAUGAUUAAAAUUGAACUUUGAAAUUAGAGAAUAUUCUGUAAAUACAUGUGUAUACAAUAUGCAUAUGCAGUAAGUCAAUGUACGAUCAAUUGCACCACUAAUAUACAUUGAUAUACAUGUAAACCUGGUGCGGGAUUUUCUAGCUGUGUUGAGGACACCUUGGGCUGUUUUAGGCUCCUUGGUCGACUUAUUGUCUCUUUGACACAUUUCUCGUUUCUAUUCUCUUUUUUAUGUACUUUAACAAUGGAAAUUGUUUACAAUUAUAUCAGUCACUUAUAUCAUUUUUGAUGUCUUCCUGUUAAAAAUUUUGAUGAUCAGAUUUAGGAAUGAUCAUGAAUAGCAUAUUGUCAGUCCUUCGAUGAUAGUGAUUCCCUAUAUUAUUAACCAUUUAUUUCCAAAAAAGGGGGGACCGGAGCCCCAGCCCCUCCCUUAAUCCGUAUAUGACAAGUGUUUUGGAGAAAUAUAAAGGGUCAUGCACAAUUUAUACAUGCAUUGCUCUUUUAUACAAAUAAAUAAAUCACAUUGAUUUAGUUUGACUUAUCCUUAAAGGAACUUAUAUCACAAAUGCCAACAAUACUAGUAUUAUAAGUGACGCCGAUGACAAUGAUAAAACAAGUGAUACGUGCAAUGUUGGAUAACAUGCUUGUGAUUCCUUUUGAAGACAUUAAGAAUCUCUACAACAAAGUAAAAGUCAUGACAAAUUCUAGGUAAUGUCUAGAAAUUAACCAUGUAUUCCCAUUUUGUCUAAUUUAUCAUUUUUGAAAAAAUAAAAAUCUUACAUAUGGCUGUUAUGGAUUAAAAGCACUAGUACUUAUACAAAUUUUAAAAGUGUUUAUAAAUGUUUUCUUUCUUCAUUACAUUUAUAUGUUUUCCCUUUUUUCCCGUAUUAAAUUAAAAAUAAAGUAGUGAUUGUAUAAAAACAUAAAAGAUGGAUACAUGGGCAAUAUGUGUAUACAGAAAAACAUUUUUCGAAACUAACUUUCCGACAGACGCUGAACUAAGGUUUUUUAGUGGUUAAGGGAGCUACCAUUUAAUUUUUUGCCUUUUUAUUUUUCACUCUGUGCGGUCCUGCCUUUUUUUUUUGUUUAUCCUGACUUUUUUUUAACUAAAUUGUCGUCCUGACUUUUUUUUUUGCAAGUGCCUCAUCCUGCCUUUUUUUUACUCA